UUAAACUGCUCCGCUCGACUGCUAAAAGUUGGCUUCGAUGGCUUUUACAACCCUUCAAAGCACGUUCUUCCUUUUAACUUUUGCUGCCACGUUUUCAGUGUUACUCAACAGCUGCCAUGGAUUCUACCCUAAGCUCAUUAAUGCCUCAUUGGCGGCAUCCGAGUAUGGUUGGUCCCCUGCCGGAGCAACGUGGUACGGCAGCCCCACAGGGGCCGGAAGCGAUGGUGGCUCUUGUGGCUAUGGAGAUGGCGUGGCACGAGCCCCGUUUUCUUCAUUGGUAUCCGCCGGAGGCCCUUCUCUGUACAAAUCCGGUAAAGGAUGUGGAGCCUGUUAUGAGGUAAAAUGCACGAGUAAUUCAGCCUGUUCGGGAAAACCUGCGACCGUAGUAAUCACCGAUGAAUGCCCCGGCUGUGUUUCUGAGUCGACUCAUUUCGAUUUAAGUGGUACUUCUUUUGGUGCCAUGGCAAAGUCAGGCCAGGCUGAGAAUCUCCGUGACGCUGGAGUCUUGCAAAUUCAAUAUAGAAAAGUUGAAUGUAACUAUCCUGGAACGACAAUUGCAUUCCACAUUGAUUCGGGUUCCAACCCCAGCUAUUUCGCCACCCUGAUUGAGUAUGAAGAUGGUGACGGUGAACUCGCUUCGGUUGACCUGAAACAGGCGCUUGACACUGACUCCUGGCAACCAAUGAAACAAUCCUGGGGUGCCGUAUGGAAACUUGACGCCGGUUCCAGGUUGCGGGCUCCGUUCUCGAUCAGGCUAACGUCGCUCGACUCUGGCAAUACCAUCGUGGCAACCAGUGUCAUUCCGGCGGGAUGGGAGCCCGGAAAGACCUAUAGAUCAGUUGUUAACUUUAAGGUCUAAAUAGGUGGUAAGUUAAGGUAUUGUCGGCAAGUUCUAAGUCAACAUGAUCAUAGUCUUCCAAGACUCCUAGUGUUAAUUGCUUGAUUACAUGUGUUUUUGGAAGAAUUAUUAUUAAGAAAAUUAAUGAAAUAUGGUUGAUAGGCUUUAAUC